AGAAUAUGGGAGGCUGUUGAUGUAAAAGGUCUGUCUUAAUUACGAAGAACAAUGAUCAUCCUUUGUAUAAUAAAAUGUGAGAAAAUCUGAAAGAAAGGAAAGUCAAGAAGCUAAUGCAAGAUGCUGUAAUGACUGCUUAUGAAUAUCUCCAACCUAAUGGUAAAUCCGACAAAUCUCUCACCUCAAAAAUAAUGCGCAUGAAUCCUUCCCGAGCGAUCCUCUGAGUGCUAGACAAGAUCUUCGACUACCUCAACAUCGAAGAGGUCACUCUGGUCUCUACUGGCUGCAAACUUUUCCUAUACGUUGCGACCAUGGACAGCAUAAUGGACAAGUACCAUGACAUUCCUUUCGCGCUUAGUAGUAAGAAAAUCAUGCAUGUGGUCGAAGACACCAUGGCUGAGAAUAUAAAUACCAGGAAAGAAUCAGAGGAUGUGGAGGUAUUAGAAAGAGGUGUAGCACCAUUUUUGAAUAAUAACAGACUCAGGUUGGUGAAGGAUGAAGCGCAAGAGGAGGAAGCGCAAAGUGAAAAAGUAGCAGGAAAUCGAAAAGAUAAAACACCAGGUCCAUCUCCUUCAGUUCGUAAAGAAGAAUCGAAAAGAGGAAGCAGGUCAACUCAUUCCUACAGCUCACCUUGGACAACUAAUUCGAAAAAUAUCCAUCGAUAUGAGAAAUCACCUAACAUCACUGCUAAAGGGCUAAUUAAAAGGCAGAAGUCCAUCAUGCAACAGAUGAUCUACAUGAAAAACGUGAUGGAAGCACAACAGAGAGAGAACAAAGACUCGUUCAUGAAAACAGUAGUCUUUUCAGACGGAAUGGGAGAAGUCUAUAGUGACUCAGACCACCUGAAUAAAGUACUUAAGUCUCUCAGUAGUGAAGAGAACUGCACAGUCGCUGAUAUGGGAAGCACUAAUAGCUUUGGAAAUCGUAAAAGCUCAUUUGCUGUCCCACUUGAGAAGCGUGAAACAAGGAAACCCUCAAAAGCUGUCCCUUUGGAUGCUUGGGUAGUUUCAAAACUUGUUGCAGAUGGUCAAUCAAGUUUCAGAAGGCUCACUAAAAAUUCAUUUACUGGGAGAGAGAUGAUAACAGUUCCAGAGAUUAGCCACAACAGACCCAGUAUGUUUCAUCCUUACAAGCUCGGAUGAAUAGAGGAAUCUCUAAACGAGUCCAAUGAUCGUAAAUAACACGUUUUCCUCUGAAUCCAAGGACAAAAAGAGUGAAAGCGAUUUCUCAGAUGACUCCAGUAUGAGGUCAGACAAUUCAGUUAAGGUGACUUUCCAGAUGAGUUCUAAAAAGGGCCAAAUCUCUUAAAAAUCUGAAGCAUCUCUCAAAAUGCUCGUAAGACUUAGUACAAGAAGUGGGUGAGAAAAUACAU